CGGACCCCUCCAUUCUGACACGGCUUGCUGAACUUUGUGAGAUCCACGCCACUGUUGACUCACACUUUACUGCAUUUUAGAUCUCCCAAUUGAGCAGCAGAGCAUCGGGAUUGAAUGCCCCAGUCUGUCCCUCUACCAAUUCGAAGAGUUUGCAAUCUCAAAGCACUCUUGGCAUCUUGAGGAGUCGAUCCAGAGGCUACCCCACCACGUUUUCCCAGAGGCUCAACGUCGCAACAACACAGCAUACAGCAUACAAAGGACAGCGUCUAGUAUGGCGGCGGACCCAAUAUUGCCCGUCGAGGGCAAGAGAAAUAUUCUCAUCACAAGCGCCCUGCCAUACGUCAACAAUGUACCCCACCUUGGAAAUCUCAUCGGCAGUGUUCUGUCUGCAGAUGUCUUCUCCCGCUGGUCCAAGGCCCGUGGGUUCCAGACUCUGUUUGUCUGCGGCUCUGAUGAGUAUGGUACUGCCACCGAGACCAAGGCCCUUGAGGAGGGCGUGAGCCCCGAGGAGCUGUGCAAGAAGUACCACGCCCUUCACAAAGAGAUUUACGACUGGUUCAAGAUCGAAUUUGACAUCUUUGGUCGCACCCCCACCGAGCACCAGACCCAGAUUACCCAGGACAUUUUCAGGAAUUUGUGGAAUAACGGCUUCAUCCUCGAGCGCGAGGAGUUCCAGCCUUUUUGCUCCCACGCCAACCACAACAGCUUCCUCGCUGACCGAUUCAUCGAGGGCGAGUGUUCCAUCUGUGGCGACAACGGGGCGAGGGGUGACCAGUGUGACAAGUGCGGGAACCUGCUGGACCCGUUCCAGCCCGGACCCGAGGCCGGAGCCUCUGAUGAUGCUGUGGCAAAAGCCACUGGCUGGCUCGUGAAACCCCGCUGCAAGGUUGACGGCACCACCCCGGAGAGGCGGAAGACAAAGCACCUGUACCUGCGGCUAGACGCGCUUGGGGACGAGAUCAAAGACUGGUUCCUCGCGGCCAGCAAGAAGGGCACCUGGAGCUCCAACUGUAUCCAAAUCACCGACUCGUGGAUCCAGAAGGGACUGCUGCCUCGUGCAAUCACCCGUGAUCUGAAAUGGGGAACUGCAAUCCCCAAAGGCCUCAAGGGCCUGGACGACGAGGCAUAUGCUAACAAGGUGUUCUACGUGUGGUUUGACGCAUGUAUUGGGUACGUGUCCAUCACGGCGAAUUACACAGACGGCAAGAACGUGGAUGGGAAGCUGUGGGAGAAGUGGUGGAGAUCGGACAACGUCGACCUCAUACAGUUCAUGGGCAAGGACAACGUUCCUUUCCACACCAUCGUUUUCCCUGCCUCCCAAAUUGGAACUAGGGAGAAAUGGACAAAGGUCCACAAGCUUUCCACCACAGAAUACCUGAACUACGAGGAGUCCAAGUUCAGCAAGUCCAAGGGAGUCGGCGUGUUUGGCAACAAUGCAAAGGACACCGGUAUUGAGCCGAAUGUGUGGAGGUACUAUCUGCUGUCUCGGCGCCCGGAGACGGCAGACAGCGAGUUCAAGUGGACCGAAUUCGUCGAUGCCAACAACAACGACCUGCUCAAAAACCUCGGCAACUUCAACCAGCGCGUGCUCAAGUUUUGCCAGGCAAAGUAUGAGUCUGUGGUCCCUGACUACACGAAAUACACAUCCGAGGGCCUUGACGCACACGUGAGGGACGUCAACGCCCUGCUCAAGGAGUACAACACCCACAUGGACGCAACCAAGCUGCGAGCCGGCCUGCAGACGGUCCUCGCCAUCUCGGCGCUCGGCAACAAGAUUCUGCAGGACAACAAGCUCGACAACCGCCUCCUGACCGAGGAGCCGGACCGCUGCGCCGCAGUCAUCGGCCUCGCGCUCAACCACAUCGCCCUUCUCGCGUCCAUCGUCGCGCCCUACAUGCCGGGCACGGCGGCCAACAUCUUCGAGCAGCUGGGACUCGAGCCGCGGGCGUCAAUCCCCGACACCUGGGUGACGGACGCGAUCAAGCCGGGCCACAAGCUCGGGACGCCCAAGCUGCUCUUCACGCAGAUCCCGGCGGCCAAGGUCGACGAGUGGCGCGACGCGUACGGCGGCGAGGAGGUCAAGAAGGCAAAGGAGCUCGCCGCCCGCAAGGCUGAGGAGAAGAGGCUCGCCAAGGAGCGCGACAAGGAGAAGAAGAGGCUCAAGAAGCUUGCUGCCGCCCAGGCCAAGGAGAAUGAGACAUCCGCCGCCAAGCCAAGCGUCGAGUCUACCGAGAAGAAGGAGAUGGCUGACCCGGAGAUCGAGAAGGUCACCGAGGCGAUUGCUAAGGCCGACGUGCAUACUAGCUAAGCAUAGUCUGAAGACAUGGGGUUCUUCAUGAGUAUAUACUAUUAGCUGCGCUCUUGUUCAACGAAGUCGUAACAAUCAACCGGAGUUCCAGAAGGCGAAGGAGGCCAUCGAUGGGACCAGCGUGCGCACUAUUUGAGCGGAGUAUGAAAAUGUGAGACCAUGCACGAAAAUAGACGCCGUGCCAGAUCGUCAAUUCAAGAGGUCAUAAGAAUGUCCCUGAGCCCUUGGCCAUGAGAUACCGUAUAAUCGUCCAUACCGAAGGAGGUCAAUCAAUAUGUGGUCAUCUCAUUAAAAGUUGUUCCACUGGGGAUUGUCCCAUCCGCAGUGCUAUUCAAUGAGAUAUCCUUUGCAGAAGCUAGUCUAUACCACCAGGCCAUCCCACAUGAGGGUAUUGGGUAUGCCCCCUGAACAUCGCGGAGUACACAUCUUGAGAACUUAGGUGAAGAGAUGCUGUUGCCACGUAGCAGACACACGGGAAAAGCUCAUAUCACUGAUAAAGCGGUGCAGGGUUGCCUAUCUCCAGCAUCUCAGCGAGGAUAUCCCACUUCGGGGCCGCCGCAUCCACUGAAGCCCUCGCCACGCCACGCAGACCGCCCGCGAUGAAGCGCAGGUGCCGGUCAAAGUCGGCGCGGAUGGCCACCAGGACCUCGGCAUAAGUCUGUCUCUGCGGCUGCUGUCUCUGCCUCUGCCUCGGGGUGUCGACCUUGUCCUGGACGCCAAAGUCCUCGUCCAGGUCCCCGUCCCCGAAGAGGAUGGUGUUGUCCUCCUCCCGCUCCUUCUCCUUGGGGCUGACAUACACGCCGAGCCUGGGCGUCGUCCUCUCGCCCCCGACGGGGCCUCCACCCGCGCCGGGGCGGCUGGGCGUGGCGAGAUACUUGUGCCCGUCCGAUGCGCGCUCCUCCUCGGCGCGCCUCGCGUCCUCGAGCCUGAUGGCCAGGUCCAGGACGUCGAGCAUGCACUCCUUGAUGGGCGCGAGCUUGGCGCCGAGGAAGGCCUCCUCCGUGAUGCGCCGCGAGAAGGCCGAGUGGAUCUCGAUCAUGGCGUCGACGUCCUCGGCGUUCUGGACGUCGCACCGCAUGCGGUCUAUGUUGGGCGCCAGGACAAGGUUGGCCAGGUAGGUCUGGAGGAUGUUUGUGAACCACAGCAGGCGCGAGCGGAGGCUGUAGAAGGCUAGCUGCUCGCCCGUCUCGUCAUGGCUCCUGCAGCUGGUGAAGAGCUUGUUCAAUAUCGCAGCUACGCGUCGGAUCUGCAAGAGCAGUGUGAAGAUGGCUUGGUAGCCGGCGAUGCUUUCUGCCGUGAUGACCAGCCGGACGGGCCAAGCGAGCCUGUAGGAGAGCCGAACCCCAGGCAAGCUGUUUCUGACACUACACCUGGCCUUGCCAGGGUCGGCGUGGAAAAUGUGUUCAGGGUCCACAGCAGCUGAAAGACGGUAUGGCUCCAGCCCCGAACAUUGAGACCACGCCUCCUGAGCAACUUCUGUGAGACUGAAGCGGUCUGUCCAGGCGGUAUUGAGUGCGUCCAAGCUCGAGCAGAUAGCUGAUGCGAAUAUUUCGGACAUGGAACCGUCUGACAUGAAGUAAACGUGUUGUAGGGCAUCGAAGCUAGACCACAACCCGCAGGAUUCAAAUAGUACCUCCUGGAGGUUUGACGCGGUCGAAAGAUAUCUACUUUGAAUCCAUACGUCGAAUGCAUCACUGAAUAGCUCCGAGAAGGGCGCUAGGGUGAGAUCUGGCGAGCCACAUAUGGACUCGAAAUCCAAUGGAGGCUCCGGCGUACGGUUCGCUGGAUGGUCUGCGGCGCUGCGGAAGCGGCCAAGCUGCUUGAGGACGACCACGCUCUUUCCCGUAUUGAAGACUUUUCUCAGGGCGGACUGCAAGAAAUUUGGUGCGUGCAACUGGUUGUCAGGGGUCCGCCGAAGUUCGAACUUGUGACUCCAGAUCUGGUGCAAAGGGACUGGGCUUUCACACUCUGCAACAAAGAAUGUCUUGUCCCCUGGCGUCAGAUGGCCCUCCUCCAUCCACCGCCUUAUGGGGAUGGUGUACACUCUGAAGCACUCGAAGAAGAUGGCACCCAGGAAGCUGUAUGUAAGUAUGUCCCCGCUGAGUUGAGCAACACAGGUCGCGUCAUAUAGCAGCUCAAGGCAGCGGAAAGCAUGGGCAAAGCGCUCGUCCUGUAGUUGACGAACCACGUGGCCUAGUGCAUUCAGGGGAGUCAGGUGUGGGCGAAGCUCUUGCUGAAGAGCAAUCAGACUGACGACGGUGUCAUGUCUGAUGUCGACAAAACGGUGCUGUAUUAGGGCGAUUUCGCGAUCAAACAGCCUUAGCCGUUGGGAUACAGAGUCCUGGAAGGCCUGGACCAUCGGUAUGAGCUGUACCGUCUCGCAAAACUUGCGCAGAGGAAGCAGGGUCCGACCAGAUUCGGCGAAAGAGUUGAUCAAUGCUCUAUAUGUAUCCCAUAAUAUAUCUGCUAGCUGGAACUUGGGUAUUGGCGUGCAGUCUGCAGAGAACAAAUCUGACGGGAGCCCAUUGAGCAUGAAUAGGACUUCACGCAGGAUCUGAAGCUCAGAGAUUGGAAUCUUCAGCGGUCGCCCUGAAUCAUCCCUUGGAAGAGCAGCAUGCCGCCAUUUUUGGGACUUCCCGACGGCUUCGAGCGCAGAAUCAGGGUGGUCUUGUGGCAGGAUGAGAUGCUUGGCGGACCUCCUGCCUUGGGUGGCACUAGAUAUGGAGGUGUCUGACGACUCGUCCGAAGCCUGUGACUGAGAGUCUUGCACGACGUCGUCUUCUGAGCUGUCGGCAAAGUCGACGUUGUUCCAGAGACCGCGGUCCUGGGCCCAGCCAUCCUCCCUGGCAAUGUCCUCCCACCGCAGUUGCUGGCCCGAGUGUGGGUCCGGAGGGCGUAGGCGUUCCAAGGCGUCGAGUGACGUCUUCUGUGCGGGCCUAUCAGACAACUCGAGGAACAGAUGUAAGAUCUCAGGGGUGAAUCUGGUAGUCUUGGUGGACAGAGAGUCCAGUCUCUGCCUCAAAGCGUCCGAGAGCACAUCACGGCCGACAACGGAGAAGCGCUCGACGAGGCCGCGGAGCUGGUCCUCAACCGCAAAAUGAUUUGUCUGCAGGUAAUUGCGAUUUCGGAGGCUGCGAAGGGCAGACUCGCGAAAGGCACUGAACUUGUGAGGAUGAGACUAAAAAAAGAGAUGUCAGGCUGGUUGACCACCAUGGCCAUGGACAGGGGGCCAUACAGUCGGCGAGGUCGAUGUGAUGACGGUGACGAGCUCGUCUGUGAGAGCCCCAAACUCGGCAAGGAAUGCCAUUCCGUGAGCGAGAAGGGGAGAAGCUCUGGACAGGGUUCGGCCGGGUCACGACAACUGCAGUUGGCCCGGCCGUUGAGGCUCAAGUGUUGCGUGACUGUCUAAGUGACCUUUGUACGCGUUGGGUGGAUGUCACCGAGUUACACACGCGCUUUGACAGCGGGUACUCGGCCAAGCCAG